AUGAAUAGAUUCGAGUAUGCUGAUUCUCGGCUUAUGCCAAACGAGGUUUAUGUGAGACGUGAUAUGGCCGUACGUCUCUAUGAUGGUGACACAAAGACAAAUUUCGAAAGUGGUGAAUUAAUCUUAACUAGUCACAGAAUACUCUGGGGUAGACCCGGUGAUAUACCAAGAGGUAAUACCUGUUUGUCAUUGUCACUAGGAUACAUUGUUUUCUUUGAAGAAGAAAAUCCCGGACCGUUUUCCUUUGGACGAAGCAAGAAGAUUGUGUUACAUCUUUCUGAACCUGCUGUUGAUAAAAUGCCUGGUCCAGCAGAUAACAGUUUGUACAAUUAUGUGAAAUUAUCAUUUAAAGAAGGUCUGGAUCCAAAUUUUAUAACACAUUUGUCUGAUACUAUUAUGAGACGAAUAUGGGAAUUCACUCCUGCUACUGGAUUAAUUGUAUCUGAUACACAUACUAAUCAAGGAAAUGCAAAACUGCUAUCUCAUAUAAAAACGCGAACCGGUAUUAUAGGCAUUGAGAGAAGUCUACAAGAAAAGCAGAAAGAGACUGAUGAAAAUAUAUCAUUGGCAUUUCAAGAUCUUACAAAACUUAUGGAUAUGGCUAAAGAUAUGGUGGCUAUUUCAAAGACCAUUUCAGCUAAAAUAAGGGCAAGACAAGGAGAUAUAACAGAGGAUGAAACUGUCAGAUUUAAAGCUUAUUUAAUGAGCUUAGGUAUUGAUGAUCCAGUUACGAGAGAUGCAUACAAAAGUAGCAACGAGUACUUUGAACAAUUAGCAAAGCAACUUGCAUGUAUCUUGGAGGAGCCUAUAAAGGAAGUGGGCGGCAUGAUGACACUUACAGAUGUGUAUUGCCGUGUAAAUAGAGCAAGAGGUUUAGAACUUUUAUCUCCUGAAGAUUUAUUACACGCUAGUAGACAAUUAGCACCCUUAGGUUUACCUAUUGUGUUAAGAAAUUUUGAUAGUGGUGUUAUGGUUCUUCAAAUUCGUUCUCAUGAUGAUAAUACUGUCGUUGAUCGUAUAUCGGAAUUGCUAAAAGAAAAAGGAUUUAUGACAGCUGAAGAUCUUGCACAAUCAGAAGGUAUAUCAAUAUUGUUAGCACGUGAGCGAUUACUAGUCACAGAAAAGCAUGGCAAAGCCUGCAGAGAUGAUUCAAUAGAAGCUCUGAGAUUCUAUCCCAAUCUAUUUUUAGAAGAAAUAUCUAGUGAAUAAUAUUUUAGAUCGUUAUAAAUAUAUAAUCGAUUACCUUUUCAAAAUAAUGGCUAUCAUGUAACACCAACUUCAAAGUUUUAUAUUUUUCUUAAGUUUUUAUAUCUCCAAAGUACAGCUAAAUUAAACACUAAAAAUUG